AGAGAGCUGGCUCGUGGGUUUAUAGAAUCAAUCAGGCUUUUCCCCAUCACUUGACGCGGAUUCACUAACGUGGUACUGUAGUUCCUUCCUCCCUCCGUUACUUCCUCUCUUUCUCUCUUCCUUUCCUUCUUCCUCUCUUCCUUUCCUCACUCUCUUUUUCUCUUUCUGUCCGAGGACCUGAAUAAAAGGGGGUUCAGAUCAAGCACUCCUUUUCUUUCCCUGGUGCCUGUCCACAUCCAGGAAUAUGUGGCAGUCUGUGGUUUUGCUUCUGUUUGGAUUCUCAGCUUUGGUCCAGGAGUCACUUCAGGGGCCACAUCAACGGAAUUUAUUGAAGGAGUUACUGAAGGACUACAACCGCAUGGAGAGGCCAGUGGCCAACGACUCUCUCCCUCUCAUCGUCAAAUUCUCUGUCAUCCUUGUACAGAUCGUAGAUGUGGAUGAGAAGAACCAGAUCCUCACCACAAAUAUUUGGCUUCAGAUGCACUGGUAUGACCAUUAUCUACAGUGGAACCAGUCUGAGCACCCAGGAGUGAAAAAUUUGAGAUUCACCACUGAACAGGUCUGGACACCUGACAUCCUCCUCUACAACAGUGCGGAUGACAAGUUUGAUUCGACCUUCAAGACCAAUGUGCUCGUCAACUCCAGUGGCUUCUGUCAGUACCUACCACCAGGGAUCUUUAUGAGCACAUGCAACGUGGAUGUUCGGUGGUUCCCCUUUGACAUACAAAGGUGUGAGCUCAAGUUUGGCUCGUGGACCUUUGACGGAUGGCUGCUGGACCUGCAAAUGAAUGAGGCUGAUAUCUCUGGGUACAUGCCCAACGGAGAAUGGGAUCUGGUCGGAGUUCCAGGCAAUCGCAAUGUAGUGUACUAUGACUGCUGCAAAGAGCCAUACCCGGAUGUGACAUUCAUCGUGACCAUCAGGCGUCGCACGCUCUACUACGCCCUGAACCUGCUGAUACCCUGCGUGCUGCUUUCCUCCAUGACCCUGCUCGUCUUUCUGCUGCCGGCCAACUCCGGGGAGAAGAUCUCCCUGGGCAUUACAGUACUUCUGUCUCUCACUGUAUUUAUGUUACUGGUGGCAGAGAUCAUGCCAGCAACAUCAGACUCCAUUCCGCUAAUAGGUCAGUACUUCGCCAGCACCAUGGUCAUCGUGAGCAUGUCAGUGGUGGCCACAGUCGUGGUGCUGCAGUACCAUCAUCAUGACCCUAAUGGAGGAAAAAUGCCCAAAUGGGUGCAGUUGGUCCUGCUGCACUGGGUAGCCUGGUUCCUACGGAUGAAGCGUCCAGGACAGAGAGGAGACGCAAAACAGGCCCCCCACGCCCCCAGCCUGCGCCGCUUCUCCUCUGGCUCCCAAAGCAAGAACAUCCCCAACCCCCCUGAACCCUCCCUGCAGCCCCAAAAGCUCAUGCCCAUCAAGGAUGGCUUGUCUCACCUGGACCGCUCCCACAAUUCCCUGCCUCACAUGCAUGCCCAGUCCAGCACCAACAACAAUAGCAACCUGGUCUAUAUAGGUUUUCAGAACCUGGACGACCCACCGCUCAUCUCUGACCCAAUCCAUAGGAACAGUACCGUUAGCCGCAAAGGUUGUCCUGUUGGAAUAUCUGGCAGCCCGCCAGCCCACCUCCCUUUACAGUUUGGCGGCCCACCACCCCCAAAUCCCAGCCUGGCCACUGUGGGUUGCCCCAGUACAGUCUCCAGCGGUUUUGGUAUGGGGGCAUCCCAGGCGGGUAUGGGAGACCCCCAGCUGCAGGCCAUCCUAGAGGAGGUCCGCUUCGUGGCCGAUCACUUCCGAAAGCAGAACGAGAGCGAGGUGGUGACGGAGCAGUGGCAGUUCGCGGCAGCCGUCAUCGACCGGCUCUGCCUGGUGUCCUUCAGCAUCUUCAACAUCAUCUGCACCAUCUCCAUCCUCAUGUCCGCCCCAAACUUCGUGGAGGCUGUCUCCAAGGACUUCAUCUGAGGGAAAAAUAUGCGUGUGUGUGUGCGCUUGCUGUGUUGAUUUAUUGACUCGUGGUUAGGAGAGAUCCUGAGAAUGUGAAGAACCACGGCUCAGCACUAAACUCAGAUGCUCAGAUGCUCUGGCAACAGGAUCCGAGUCAGUGUCCAGCAGCGCAUUACUGGGGCCAGAGGUCGGGACUCACUCACUCAUAUUAGAUUGAACCGGAGAGUUUUCACAGAAUCCACCAAAAAGUCUGGCCGCGUACUCACUCUCCCAUCUCUACCUCUGAAUCAGCAUAUUCCAUGUGAUCUUUUUUUUUUUAAAUGGAAAAGUUGGAAGUGACACCCCCAUAUA